GUGUUUCGUUCUUGGUUUUCCAAUUCCGUUGGGAUUGCUCCAUCCACAGUCCACACCCAUAGUCGAGUCAGUGAGUGUUACUGUGUCUCGUUUCAUUCAAAGGCCCACCAAACCUCUCCCUUUAUAUUCUCUUCUUCACUCCCCACUUCUCCGCACCACACAUCCCUUUCACUUUCGCGCGUGGCCACCAACCACACAGCACAAUGCUUCCAACCAAACCCAAUCGAAAACAACCUCCUUCUUCUUCUUCUUCUUCUUCUCCUUCUUCUUCUUCUCCUUCAUCAUCAUCAUAUAUUCCUCAAUCACUUCCGAUUCCAAUUUCUAAUUCUCCUUCGAUUGCCGAUUCUGACCUAGACAUUGCUACAAUGAUCGCUCACUUUCUCGACCAACCUAACGCCUCUCCUCUCCAUCAUCAUCAUCAUCAUCAUCAGUCUAACGAUAACGGAGAUCAACCAGAGGCCAGAGAAUUUCUCAAGAGAGAAUUUGAUAGCGCCGUUGAUUUUUUCGCCACCGACGAUUUUGCCGCCGUCAAGCGUACUAGGAUUAAUGACAACGCCGGCAACGACGAUUCCAACGCCGUUAGAUUCGCCUUUGAGUUACACGGUGGCGGUGAGAGGAAGGAGCCACUAGUUGAGAUUGAUUUUUUAUCCAAUGCUUUUCGUGAAGACGUAUUGGCCUUAGAACUCGGAAACCAGGAUUCCGACACUGACACAGACAUCGACGUUCUACCCUACCACCGCCAAACAGUGCAUGAGUUCAGAAGGAAUCAGAUUAUAAAACGUUUCCGACAAACCGCCAAGGAAAAUGCAUCACGCUUUGCACGUUUUGAAACUGAUGUUAAAGAUGAAGGGGAAGAAGGGAUUGGAAUUGAUGAUAGUUCAAGUUCUACCCCUUUUGCUAUAGCUAUGAGAGCUAUCAAGGAUCGAGAGAUGAAAAUUUCGCAAAAGGGGUGUGUUCCUGCUUCUUCCGUUACAUGGGUUUCUAAGAGGAAUCAAGAAGGUGCAGGGUUGAGGUUUCGGGUUCCCUCUUUGCGUGAAUUGUCCCUUAAAGUUCUCGCUGACAAUGCUGAUGCAAUUGUUUCGCUUGAGGGUGUUCCGGAUGAACUGAGGCACAGGCUUAGCCAGUUGCUGUGCGAUUCGAGAAAGAUGAACAUUCACUUUUUCGAACUUCUUCUUGAUGGGUCUUCGUCUCCUACGGAGAUAAGGCUGAAAGAUUGUUCGUGGUUGACGGAGGAACAGUUCACGAAGUGUUUUCAAACGUGUGACACUAGCAGAUUGGAGGUGCUACAACUUGACCAGUGUGGACGGUGUAUACCUGAUUAUGCAUUACAUGCUACCUUGGCUCGGUCAGCAAGGUGGUUGCCUAGAUUAACUAGUCUGUCCCUCAGUGGUGCGUGCCGUCUUUCAGAUAAGGGGUUACAAGUACUAGUUUCUUCUGCCCCAGUACUUAGAUCGAUAAAUCUAAGCCAGUGCUCCCUUCUCACAUCUGCCAGUCUUAAUAUUUUGGCCAAUUCACUAGGAUCACUUCUGAAAGAGUUGUAUCUUGAUGAUUGCCAAAUCACUGAUGCUGCACUAAUUGUGCCAGCACUGAAGAAAUUGGAACAUUUAGAAGUAUUGUCAUUGGCUGGUAUUCAAACUGUCUGUGAUGAAUUUAUCAAGGACUACAUCACUGCACGUGGUCACAACAUGAAGGAGCUUGUUUUAAAGGACUGUAUAAAAUUGACUGAUGCAUCAAUAAAAGUCAUUGCUGAACACUGUCCUGGGUUGUGCGCACUUGAUCUUAUGAACUUGCACAAAUUGACUGAUUUAUCUGUAAGAUAUCUUACAAACAAUUGUCAAGCACUUCACACUUUGAAGCUCUGCCGCAAUUCGUUCAGCGAUGAAGCAAUUGCUGCUUUUUUGGAGAUCAAGGGAGAGUCCAUGAAAGAACUUUCACUUAACAACAUUAAGAAGGUUGGCCACCACACAACGUUGUCACUUGCUAGGCAUGCAAAAACGUUGCAUACUUUAGAUCUAUCUUGGUGCCGAAAUUUGAUGGACAAUGAACUGGGUUUGAUUGUUGAUAGCUGCUUCUCGCUGAGGUUACUGAAACUUUUUGGAUGCUCGCAGGUAACAGACGUUUUUAUGAACGGGCACUCAAACCUAGAGAUUCAGAUCGUUGGAUUGAAGAUGUCUCCUUUAUUGCAACAUGUCAAAGUACCCGAUUCCCCUCAACGUGCUUUGCGUUACCAGUCUCAGUAGAUUUGAUAUGAAAUAGAAUCAGAAAUGAAAUAUAUCGACGGUGACAUCUGGCAAAAUCUGCGGUUAUUUCUAGUAAAAGCAGACUUAACUUUCUGCUAACAUGGUACUAACUGAAGAGGCAAGGAAAUCACUGUUGCCGGUUAUACCUUUUGUUUUAGUAGUGCAUUUGUUGAUUGACUGUGAUAGUCUAAUUGUAAGGGGAGAAAACAUUUUUCCUUGUUGCAAGCAUUCAAAGUCAAACAUACAGACUAUUAUAUUUUAGCAGAGUAUUUUCAUAUUCAUUAUGUACAGUGGAUUUAGAUAAUAAUAAAGUUUCUUCUUGAGAGAAGGAAU